ACGGCGGCGGCGACGGCGGUGGCCUGAGCCGCGCGGUUCCGCAUCCGCCGAGUGUGAUGAGGCUGCCCUGCGUCGGGGCUCCGCUCGCCGCCAGCUGACAGCGCCGGCACCCAGCCCGCCCGCCAGGGCUGACGCCGCGGGGCCGUGACCUUGGCCGAGGAGGGCAGACCGAUCGUUCCAGUGCCUGAGAGCUGACCAAGUGUGGGGUGACAUGGCCCAGGGGAAUAAUUACGGGCAGACCAGCAACGGGGUGGCGGAUGAAUCACCCAACAUGCUGGUGUACAGAAAGAUGGAAGACGUCAUAGCACGCAUGCAAGAUGAAAAAAACGGAAUUCCUAUUCGUACUGUCAAAAGCUUUCUUUCCAAGAUACCUAGUGUCUUCUCUGGGUCAGACAUUGUUCAAUGGUUAAUAAAGAACCUAACUAUAGAAGAUCCAGUGGAGGCGCUACAUUUGGGAACAUUAAUGGCUGCCCAUGGCUACUUCUUUCCAAUAUCGGAUCACGUCCUCACACUCAAAGAUGAUGGCACCUUUUACCGGUUUCAGACACCCUAUUUUUGGCCAUCAAAUUGUUGGGAGCCAGAAAACACGGACUACGCGGUUUAUCUCUGCAAGAGAACAAUGCAAAACAAGGCAAGGCUGGAACUAGCUGACUAUGAAGCUGAGAGCCUGGCCAGGCUGCAGAGAGCAUUUGCCCGGAAGUGGGAGUUCAUUUUCAUGCAAGCAGAAGCACAAGCAAAAGUGGACAAGAAGAGAGACAAGAUUGAAAGGAAGAUCCUCGAUAGCCAAGAGAGAGCAUUCUGGGAUGUUCAUAGACCUGUGCCUGGAUGUGUAAAUACCACUGAAGUGGACAUUAAGAAGUCAUCCAGAAUGAGAAACCCACAUAAAACACGGAAGUCUGUCUAUGGUUUACAAAAUGACAUUAGAAGUCACAGUCCUACCCACACACCCACACCAGAAACUAAACCUCCAACAGAAGAUGAAUUACAACAACAGAUUAAAUAUUGGCAAAUACAGUUAGAUAGACAUCGGUUAAAAAUGUCAAAAGUUGCUGAUAGUCUGUUAAGUUACACGGAACAGUAUGUAGAAUAUGACCCAUUUCUUGUGCCACCUGACCCUUCUAACCCAUGGCUGUCUGAUGAUACAACUUUCUGGGAACUUGAAGCAAGCAAAGAACCAAGUCAGCAGAGGGUAAAACGAUGGGGUUUUGGCAUGGAUGAAGCAUUGAAAGACCCAGUUGGGAGAGAACAGUUUCUUAAAUUUCUAGAGUCAGAAUUCAGCUCAGAAAAUUUAAGAUUCUGGCUAGCAGUGGAAGACCUGAAGAAAAGGCCUAUUAGAGAAGUCCCUUCCCGAGUUCAGGAAAUAUGGCAAGAAUUUCUGGCUCCUGGAGCUCCCAGUGCCAUUAACUUGGAUUCUAAGAGCUAUGAUAAAACCACACAGAAUGUGAAGGAACCUGGACGAUACACAUUCGAAGACGCUCAGGAGCACAUUUACAAAUUGAUGAAAAGUGAUUCAUACCCACGUUUUAUAAGAUCCAGUGCCUAUCAAGAGCUUCUACAGGCAAAGAAAAAGGGCAGAAACAUCCCUAUUUUCCCAUGCCAUAAAAACUGUACACCAACACUGAGGGCCAGCACUAACCUGUUAUGAAAAAGAGGGGAAAUCUCUCACGUCAAAGAGGUUAACAAGCCUCGUUCAGUCCUACUAAAAGGAUCAUCUUGUAGCAUGGAAGCAGACUGGAGUCAUUGCAUAUACUUUGUAGCUCUUUGUUGUUACCUGGAGCAGAGGACAUUAGGCCAAGAUGUUGCAUGAGCAAAGGACCUGAAUUGUUCUCUCUUUGUGUACAUUCAGGCAUUGCCAUUCCAAGGGAUUCUACCGUCUCAAUGCCUCCACUGCAAAAUGUUGUCUGCUUACUUUCUCCUUGUACUAAGCUGGAUCUGUGUCGUUUCCUUUUUAACAAGUUCAAGUGGAGUAAACCUUUUUUUUUUGUCUUUCUCUUAAAGCUUCUGCUAGACACACAGUUCACUGAAAAUUCACUCAGUCAAAAACUGGAAGAAUUGUAAAAGAAAAAAAGCAUAUAUCAAUAAGUAUACAUAUGGCUUCACGUUUAUUAACCAAUAAGUUAGCACAGAAAGUUUCAUUUCACCAAUGUGUUCACAGUCAGAAACAAGCUUUGUCUUUGUCUGUUGUCUAUACAUUCUCAGUUAAUGUUUCUUGCAUUUAUUUUUAUACCAUAUUUAAAUAAGAAACACCUUUUACUCCAAAUGUAUUAAAGUUGAUCCCUUCUCUGUAAAUUUGUGUAUGUUUAUAUUGUUGUUUUAUCUUUCAUUAAAAGAUGCAG